AUGGGGAACAGCGGGAGCAGACACCGCCCCCCUCUUCCCACAUCCACUCCCCCAGCUGCGCCGAGUAUCACCACCGGGCCCCCCCCUCCCCCCGAGGCCGCAGUCUCGGCACAGUACCCACCACAGUCGCCCUACCCCUACCCUCCCGCCGGACAGGCCGGGGCCCCUCCCUAUGCCAAUAACGGAAGGACGUACGGGGGCUGGCAACCUUCCCCCUACCUGCCGCCCAGGGAGCUGACCCAGACCGCCACCAUCCGCAACGCCGUGAACCUGAAGAAGGCCAGCCUGCGCGUGGCGCCCGGCCCCACCCCCGACACGCUGUCGAUCUCCUUCACCUUUGACGCCUCCAGCCCCUGCGUGGUCAGCGUCUUCCUGGGCGCGCGCGAGGACGCGGCGCAGCUGCCGGGCCUGCUGGCCGCGCCGCGCGACACCCACCCCCUGGUCAUCCGGCUGGAGACGGUGACGGAGGCGGGCGCGGCGGCGGGGCGGAGCCUGGAGGACCUGCGGCCGGGGGAGCAGCAGGCGGCGUGGGUGCAGAGCCAGACCACCUACGCCGCGCUGCUGCGCGAGGAGGACGGCAGCCACGCCGUGCGCGUGAGCAAGCAGAAGAUCUGGGUGGAGGGCGUGUCCUACGAGCUGCAGGAGAUCUACGGGCUGGAGCAGAGCGGCAUGGUGCCGCGGGUGGCAGGGGCCGAGGCCCGGGAGUCGGCCGAGGACGUGGAGGAGCGCCUCUGCGUCAUCUGCCUCGUCAACGACCGUGACACCACCGUACUCCCCUGCCGGCACAUGUGA